CUGGGUAAGAAGAUAUCUUUCAAAUACGCGAAAAAUAUGAGGUAUCUCAACUCAGAAUUGGGACCGGCUAUUUGACGGUAACUUGGAAACCAAACUGCGGUUACCGGAGCCCGCGCCCGGGGAGCUGCUACAGAGGGUAAUGGAGUUCCCGCAGCAUUCCCAGCAGCUGCUGUCAGCUCUGCGCUCCCAGCGCCAGCGGGGCUUCCUCUGUGACUGCACCGUCCUGGUGGGCUCAUCCCGUUUCCUGGCUCACAGGGCUGUUUUGGCCUCCUGUUCGCCUUUCUUCCACAUGUUCUACUCAGACUUUCCGGGGGUCAGUGGUGGAAACAGCACCAGCAGCUCUGUCACACUCGACAGCGACAUUGUCACUGCUGCUGCAUUUGGCUUACUCUUGGACUUUGUCUAUGAAGGCGUGCUGCAGUUGGAUGAGUCUCCACCCGUGGAAGACAUAUUGGCGGCUGCAAGCUUUCUGCACAUGAACGAGGUGGUGAGAGUAUGCAAGAGACGACUGCAGAGACGAGGGCCUCUGGCUGAGGCAGACAGCACUCGCUCUGAAGAGAGCGCUGGUGCGAGGAAGGCAACAGAGACAGGGAGGGAGGGUGGUAGUGAUGGUGGAGCUGACCCUGAGGUGGCCAUGGCAGGAGAUCACUUGAAUCCUGUCGCCAUGGCAGCGCCGCUCUCAUCAGUAACCAUAACAGCACAGAGGAGUCAGUUGGAGUCUGUGAAGUCUGAGCGGAGGACUGGUGGGGGGUCAACCGAGGCACGACUUCAGACUCCUCUGAGCCCCGACCUCGCUGAUACCACGCAGCCAGGCAUGGACGCCCCUCCACUACCCCCAGGUGGACAGCUGGUGCAGGGCCUCAUCGUCAGUCCGCCUGCCCCGGGAUGUUACACCAGGUUGUGCACUGGAGGUCAGGGUGAGGGGUCGGCACUCUGCAGCCCUUGCAGCACCACUGAGACAUACAGCCACAACAGUAAUCAGCAGCCCUCCUCCUCUUCUUCCUCCCUGGUGCCAGUGACCCAGGCUAGUGGUCGCUCAGUGGCUGCUCUUUCCCAGUCAGAGUCCAGCCUCUCCCCCGGCCCCCAUCACGAGGUACCCCGACUGGCCAGUGAAGACUCUGUUAGGAAACCCUCAGAGACUGACCCCAGAAGUAUAUCAGGCGGAGGACAACAGAUGAUCAUGUUAAUCCAAGCAUCGGCACUAACCUCACACUUGGAAACAAACGCAACACACCCACCCCCGCAGCGUGCGCUUUCCCAGAUUCGAAUCCAGAGCGCUGUGUCACUCCAACGCCAAAGCUUGGACAUCCAAUCUGCUCAGACCCAAACCAUUAAGGUAGCUGAGGGGGAUACGAGAGCUUCACAUGCCACUAGAAAUGAAAGAUCUCACCCUCUUAUGGGCAGAGUGAGGACAGAAGACAGUGACAGAGAGAAUGUGAAAGUCAAAGUGGAGGCCAUUGUUAUAUCUGAUGAAGAGUUAGAGGAGGAGAAAGAGGAGAGCGUAGAGAGAGAACCAGUGAUGGAAGUAGACGAUGAGUUUGAAGAUGACAUCCCAGAAGAGGAGCUGAACAGCCCCCAGUUUCUCUCCUCCCACCAACAGGGCCUCUUACAAAUGACCUCCCAUUCAAAUGACUACUCCUUUCCUCUCUCUCCCUCCUCUUCCUCCUCCGGACCUGGCCCUUCCUCCCAGGACACUUCCUCCUUCGCCGCCUCCCUCAUGCCUCCAUCCACAGCUCAGCAGCAUUCAGACCCUCCUGCCUACUUCCAGGACUUCCAGGACUCUAUGGGGAACUUUGUGGAGGAUGUCCCCACGUGUGGAGUGUGUGGAAAGACAUUCUCAUGUACAUACACACUAAGGCGCCACGCCAUCGUGCACACACGUGAACGUCCUUAUGAGUGUCGCUACUGCUACCGGAGCUACACACAAUCAGGCGACCUGUACCGACACAUUCGCAAAGCUCAUGACCACACACUGCCGGCCAAACGCAGCAAGGCGGACAUAGAGUCCUCCCUGCCACCACAACCACCGCCACCACCUCCACCACCUCUUAGCUAACAUACAAACAGACACAUUAUUAUAUUUCUGUACUUAUACACACAUAAGCAUUCAGCUAGUAUCACUACUCUAAUUCUACCUUUAAACCUGCUGAAAAAUAGUUAUCUCAAGGUGACAUUUUAAAAUGUCUGGUUUUGUCCGACCAUCUGUUCAAAACUCGAAAAAUAUUCUGUUUACUAUCAGAAAAGGUUAAAGGAAGCAGAAAAUAUUCACAUUUGAGAGUUGUUGGAAGCAGAGAACUUUUUUAAUUGUUCUUUUAAAAAUGACUCUUAAUAACCAAUGAAUUGACUAAUCAUUGUAGCUCUGAAAUCAAGGUCAAGAGCAAAAUUUUAAUUGUAUUUAUUAUUGUAAAUUAUUAUUAUUAUUUUUUUUUUUUUUUCCUUUUAUUUAAACACUAUCCAAACCACCCUAAUGCCUACCCAGACUUUACUUACACUCAUACUUUAUACUACACACCUAAAUUAAAUAUGACAAAUUGUUUUUCUUAUUUAUACACAUCAGGCCACAGACAAAUAUUUGAUUAUUUAGUUUUAAUUAUUCCAUAACAGUCUAUAUUGUAGAUUGGCAGAUAAACAGUGAACAGUGUGGAACAGUGGGUUAAGGCCCUCUUAACAGGUGGCUUCACUGGUGGCCCCUUUUUUUAAAAAGGCUUUGGAGUAUUGCACAAAAUCUAAAAGCAGCCAUUCAUCCGCCUCGUACAAUAGAUCUGUGCGAUCUCUCUGCGUAAGGCCUGGAUAACUAAAGUGCCUAUGUAAGCCAUUCAGAAGAUGAAUGAACACAACAUCAUAUAAGAGUUUUUAUGGUUUUAAUAGGGAUGAUUGGACCAAUAGUAAAUCUUAGCCCACAAAUGUAAUAAUCACUAUAAUUACUUACUUAAAAUAUGUGAUCUAAUAUUAUUACAUUUAAAUGUUUUAAUGUUACUUUAAUUUAAAACGUGUUUCCUUGUGUGGGACAGUAGUGUGGACUGGUGAUUUUUCUCAUAAAAUGUUCUUUUACCUAAGAGAAGAGCAAAAGUAAGAUAGCAAUGGUGAAUCCCAGAAAUCAAUGGGUACUAACAAAAAUAAGAGAGCAUUUGUAUAUCGCCUCCUGCAUCAGGCCCAGUGUUUCCUGCCUCUCUGUUCUACUAAGGAUAUUUAAACCCCAUAAGUACAGAAAUACAAUAACUCACACACACACACACACACACACACACACACACACACACACACACACACACACACACACACAGAGUAAACACCAGCGGUGUGGCAGUGAUAUCGACCCUCAUUUGUUAAACUGACACACUUUAUGUUUGACCGUUGUCUCCACAGGACUCUAAGACUGAUUGAUUUACUCAAAGUUUUAAUUUAAAACUGAUUUUAUGCUAUUGUCUGUUUUCUAUCUUUAUCAUUAUUCAUAUAUUUUUAUGAUUAUGAAAAAAUUAUGAAUGAUCUUGAUUGAUUGUUAGAAGAUUCAGGAGAUGUACAAAAAUGUCUCUGCUAGUUUUGCUACAUGAACCCAAACAAAUAAGGGGAAAGUUGUUUUGAAUUUUAAUUCAAAUGUUAUGUGUACGACAGCCUUUUCAGUGUGUGACUCUGUGCCAGCGGACAGAGUUUGACUGACUGCAAAUGUAGUAGCAUUGUACAGUCUUGUGUUUUCUUUACUUGAUGAAACCAUCAGAACUGUUAGAAGCAAAUACCUGCACAAAUACCAAUUAGAGUCAGAUAGUGCCAUUUUAAAACUUUGUAACAAGCCUUUGCUUGCAUCCGUUUUGAUGAAGCCAGCUCAUCAAUAGCAGAUGCACACAGUUUAUCUGAUGAAGUAGGACAUUUACUGUGCCAAAAGGCCCUUACUUUGCCUUGUUUCUUAUCUCCUUCAUCCCUUCCCUUAUUUCAUUUUUUUUAGUAAGAAGUCUUUGAUUAGGGUGAUUCCUAAAUGAGGCAACUGACCCACAAAUAUCAAAGUGGCAGCUACACAACUUGAUGGAAAUCUCUAAGUGAUAAGGAAAGGUGCUUCCCUUCUCUCUUUUAUAAAAUAAUAGAACAAUGGAUGAUAGUAACCGUCUGUAAAUUCAGUCGUAUUCUUUUAGCACUGUGGAUGUUUUAUCCUAACUUAUGAUUUUGUUGCAUCUUUUAACUUUUUUCCUCCAUCAGAGUCAAUUAAUAGUUGUUAGGAAUGGAAAAUUGGUGUUAAUUGUUGUUGCCUACAAUCCCUGGUAGGACAGCAGUGUAGGUGAGACAGUGUAGGUUCAGACAAGUGAACACAUUUGGGAAUCCACCCUCUGUGUGUUUGACUUUGGUUAUUAUUGUCUUUCCUGUAGUAUGACAGGAUAUACAGUGUGAGCACAGAACACAUGCAGUAACUCUGCCCUCUCUUUAAAUGUUUAAACUUUAAAUGUGCCUGAAUGACUGUUGGACAGUUUGUUGUGUGUGUGUGUGUGUGUGUGUGUGUGGUAUUACAAUUUCUCUAUAAUGAACAUUGACUAGUAUUGUAAUUACCUUAUACACACAAAAGAGUUUUACACUGGAUGCUCAUAAGGGACAGUUGAGUCAGUGACCAUUUAAAGGGUUUCCAGUGUGCUAAAUCUAAAUGUUACCUUGUGAAUAAACACUGUUCAGUAGAAUCAA